AUGGCACAACCUAGAAGCUCUCAUCAAUGCAUCAAAGAUGAAAGCGAUGAGGAAUGCUUGCCUGUUGAAAAGCUGAAAUCAUCUCACCGGAACAAUGAGCAUGUUAAUGAAAUCCUGAGAGGCCUGAAAAACAGCUUCGUAGCAAAGAUCUCACAAACAGACGCUCGCAAAGAAGUCCACCAGACGUUUCGCAGCAAUUGCAGCAAUGUCAAAGAAGGUCAAGGUGGUUCUGCCAUGAAGUUUAAUGGCAGAGUACCUACGGAAAGAAGGCAGGUUCCAGAUGGCAUGAUACUCAAAAUGAAGGAAAACAUUGUACCUAAUCAGCAUGAGCUCCUGCAGCUGCAGGAUCAUGGCUUGGGUGUCAUUGACUUGGUUGGUGGGAUCUUCUUCAGCAAUAUGUGGGGGCCUGCAUCAAUGCACGUCUUCCUGCGUGGAUUGCUACCUAAGCUUUUCUCCCAUUUUGCGAAGAGUGAUCCCUGGGUGAUGUCCAUCAACAAGGAAGAUGAUGAGGAGAUAAGAAUGCACCAGUUACCAUAUAAGGAAUCACAGAUCUUUAUCACACCUCAUCAAGCAAUAGACGAGAACGUGUAUGAACUCUUGACCACAGAGGACGAUGAGCGUUCGGAGCAUGGCGAUGGCAAUGGUGAAGAUGCGCACGAGGCAUUUAUUAAAGAAGGAAUAGAUGACACGGACAAUGAGCUCAUUGAGCGUGGUCUGCAUUCGCUGAGCCCGCCUGCCACUGAGUGUGAGACUGAUGAUAAUGCUCUGAUGCACCUUUCCGAGACUAGCACCAGGGCAGUCAAUGACAGCGAGACUGCCACCUCGAGUGCAAAGCAGGAUGCCGAUGCCAUAAAAAUCAUCGUGGUAGCUGACAGCAAUGAAGAGCAAGAUGACACCAGUGUCCUGAUGGAUAUUUACAUGAAUAAGAUGUGGCUCAAGGAUUGA